AUGAAAGUGUUUGUAGUGUUAAGUGUGCUAGCGGUGGCCGUAUCGGCUCGUCCCGAACCCCCAGCCGGCGGCGGUUAUCCGUCCUACUCGCCACCGUCGUUCAGCUCCGCCGGAGAUCUCGGAUCGUAUUCUGCUAGUCAAUCUCAAGGAGGCGGUGGUGGUGGCUACAACUACCAGCCCGCGACGCAGAUCGUCCAGAAGCACAUCUACGUGCACAUACCGCCGCCGGAGAAGGAGGAACCGAGCUACCCGCGGGUGGUGCAAUCCGGUGCACCCCAGAAGCACUACAAAAUCAUCUUCAUCAAGGCCCCGACGCCGCCGCAACCGAAGGCCCCGAUAAUCCCACCGCCACCCCAGAACGAAGAGAAGACGCUGGUCUACGUGCUGCACAAGAAGCCAGAGGAACCGGAGGAGAUCAUCCUGCCAACGCCGCCACCAACCAAGCCCAGCAAACCGGAAGUCUACUUCAUCAAGUACAAGACCCAGAAGGAGAAGAAGCCCGAAUACGGACCGCCCAAGCAGGAGUACGGAGCUCCGUCGGGAGGAUCCGGUCCCUACUAGGCAACAACCUGCGGUGGCUGGUGGCAUCCUGUCUGUUGACACUACUCAGGCUGCCAUACGCAUGACGCCGCCUAC